AUGUUGGGCGGAGAGACGAAGAAACGGAAGCAGGUGGUUAGCGGGGGGAGUUCUGGUAAUGCGAAACUCUUUGUAGAUAAAGAUGCUAAGAAGAGGUAUGAUACAUUCAUUGCUAAACGUCAUCUGCUACUUGAGCGUGAUGUUUACCUCGAUGAGCUUUUUUUUUACGCAAAUGUUAAUGAGUACAAGGAGAAUGAGCUGACAUUUAAGACACUGGUUAGGAAGAAAUCCAUCACUGUUUCGCCUGAUCUUAUUUCCAAUAUAUUAAAAAUUGAUAUACCAGACUUUCCUGAGAAUUCCAUUAUCUUUCCAUAUUCAUGUAAGGAGCAGGUUCCCGAAAUGGCGAUG